AUGGAGGACCCAAAUUGGAGUCAGCAACAGCAGGAGCAUAGAACCAAUAUGCAGGACCUAAGGACAAUAAUUGUCCAAGGAAUUAAAGAAGCAAGUUGCCGGCCCAACUCUAUUCAGCAGCUCAACCCAUCAGUAACAAGGGGAAGCCUGGGAAUUGAUUUGGCAGCAUCAGUAGAUGUCACACUCAUCGACAGCACCAUCCGCAAAAUCCCAACUGGAGUUACAGGACCUGUUUAUUCUGUUACCAGUGCACUUGGUGCUUUGUUGACUGGGAGAUCAUCUGCUGGAAUUGCAGGACUUAUUGUUCUCACGGGAGUCAUCGACGCUGAUUACACUGGUGAAAUCCAAAUGUGUGCUUACACCCUAGCCUCUCCACUUACAAUCAAAAAGGGAACAAGAAUUGCUCAAUUGGUGUAA